AUGCGCCUCGCACAUCAGCCAAGCUCGUUGUGGGAUGCCGUCGCGCCCCGGAGCGGCACUUUUGGCUUUUAUCCUAAGGACGGCACCGCCGAACUCUCCUGGAGCGACGCAUUCCUGGUGGACCACGGCUUCCUGGGCCUCCACGACCCAUUCCAGGUGGAGCACCCAUCAUGCCAGGGGGUGGGCCGCCCAUCAUGGGUCCACCACGCAUUUGUGGAGGUGCCGAGAGUUGCCCUC